AUGGCUACAGUCUCGUCUUCUUCGAUGUGGAUCCUUUUACUCCUUUUUGCUCUCCAAUGCGGCGUCGGCUUGUCCGGAGGUCCGGAAUGGAUAGCCGCUGAUGCUUGGGAUCGUUGUUCAACAGUUUGCGGUCCAGGUCGUCAACACAAGAUGUUAAUCUGCGUUCAGCACGAUCGCUACAACACCACGAUGCUCCGACCGGAGAAGUUUUGUGGUCCGCAACCCUCAGAGUGGCCACCUGACUUAAUUCGUGAGUGCAACUGGGGCGAUUGUGAAAACAAGACCUGGUGGAGAGCUUCAAAUUGGUCUGAUUGCUCUCAGCCUUGUGGAAACUUGGGCUACUCCACUCGCGAUGUCGAAUGCGUGAUGAUUGGAGACGAGGAUGAGAUCGUCAUCAGUCGCGAAUUUGAGAACGACUUCUGCGAUCCUAAAAGAAGACCCGAGUCACGAGGCUCCUGUAAUCGUUUUAACUGUCCUGCAGAAUUUCAAGCUCUUGACUGGCAAAAGUGUGAACAAAAAGACCCCUGUAAAAGUGGUUUGCAGACGCGUCUGCUGUCGUGUCGUUCGUUAACUGCCAGUGGAGAGUACGUAGAACUGCCCCAAAUUGCCUGCUACAUGGGUCGCAAACCACCUCCAUCAACAUGGCGAAGAUGCUACAUCCCCGAGAUCAGCGCUCAGUGUACAAAAAACCCACCGGUCAUUGACGAGCUGAAGAUGACAGUGGUGCAAAUGCGAGCAGUACGUAAAAUGCGCCUCCGCGUAGGUCAAGAGGCUCACAUCUUGCCAAACACCCGAUUGUCAAUAAAGUGCCCUGUAAAAUUUUUCCCCGGUUCAAAUCUUAUCUGGCGACACCGCAAGCUCGGAAACUUCUCUUAUAACACCGGUGGCGAUAUCAAUGAAACAACUCGGCACUUUGUAACCAAAUCCGGUAAUCUCGUGAUUCGACGUUUCUCCAGUUCAGACGAGGGCGAGUGGCGUUGUUACGCUGGCAAAGAUGGACCUAGCGCCUCCAUCAUGCUUCACUACAAUCUCCCAUCACAGGGUCUGACUGAUUGGGAGGCAAGAAAUCCAAAACGCAAUACAGAGAUGCAAAACGAAGAUCCAUCAGUGAUCAUGACGCGUCAGAAGCUAGUCCAGUGGGUAGAGGGACCAUGGUCUAAUUGCUCCGUCCCUUGUGGUGGUCAGGGCAUUCAAACGCGAGUAGUUCGCUGCGAACUGCUCGAUACCGGCGUCUACCACGUGCUAGAGGAUGAAGAGUGCAAACGGCAAUUCCUAGUCAAGCCCAUGACUCAACGGGUCUGCAUCAAUCUGCCUAAAUGUCCCAUGUGGAAGCUUCGCAAUGCUGACUACUCAGAGGCGCAUGUCCUCUCGCCAGCCAAUUUCACAUAA